AUGGGCUUUAUGAAAUCAUCUCUGGCGUGUCUAGGGGCACUUGCCGUCCUGAUCAUCGCUACCCCUAUAGACAAAACUUCAACCCCAGCUAUCUCUGCUCGUGCUGAGGCUACCGUCUUUAUGUGUGACGACACCCGCUUCAGAGGCCGCUGCCGAACCGACGUCCUUCAGACAGGAUCUUGCUCCAGCGCCGCUACAAUAACUUAA